UAAUUACCAUUUUAAUUACGAUCAUUUAUUUUAUGUGUUUAAAGUGAUUAUUACCCGGCUAACCCAUAAUAACAGACGUAUCAGAGGCACUUUAAGACGUUAAUGGGACUUUAUGUUAACUCUUGUAAUAUUUUUAAAAUAAGUGGCGAGAUAGGAAAUAAUUGUAACAUCAUUGAGCUCACAUCUUGACACACUUCAAGAUGGGCGACAUUUGGAGAAUGAAUUCUCAUAUGGAAGCAGUAGUAAGAGCCUAUAAGACCCUAACGAAAAUCCCCUCCAUAGUGGGGGGGAGGUUGAACUGCAAGGGCAACAGGAUAACGUCAAGAUGGUCCAUACGUAACCUGGACAAGGGGAAGAACACACAGUACCUCAUAGAUUACAUACUGGAUGAGAAUCUGGGGGUGCUUGCGCAGAGUCAGUUUGGAGUUGAUAUCAGCCAUGAAUUAUUGACAGCCAUAUCUCCUAAAGAGAACUUUAAGGCAGUGAUCAGAGAGGAGAAAGAGGAUAAGGACGGAGCAAAGAAGAAGUUCUUCCUGGAAGUGUGGUCCAGCACCAGCCUCAAACACUCCAUUGACUUGACUGCACUGGACAUACAUGGCGAUGUUUAUACUGAUUCGGAAUUCGGCAGCUUGGACUGGUCACCUGAUGAAUCUAAAGUUGUGUAUGUCGCUGAGAAAAAAAUUAAGAAAUCCGAACCGUUCAUUAAAAGGAAACCUGCAGAAGACAAAAAUGUUGAUCCUGACAAGAGGCCUGUACCGGGACAAGAGCACAUACACAGAGACGACUGGGGAGAACAGCUGACGGGGAAGAUAGAAACAGUGGUGGUGGUGUGCAAACUAGCUGACGAAACGUUCACGGUCUAUGACAUGGUGCCUGGGUGCCCGGGACAGGUACGAUUUUCACCGAGCGGCGACAGUAUAAUAGGGAUAACGUGGGAGGCUAAAAUGUUAGGACGUUUAGGACUCAUUUACUGUACUAAUCGUCCAUCGUUUGUGUUUUGCCUAACCCUGUCUGGAACAUUCAUAACUCUGAGCAGUGGGAACAAAGCGGUCCGGUCUCCUCGCAUCGCUCCGAACGGUGACUUGUUUUGGCUGCAGAGGGAAGCGCACGGACCGCAUCACGCUUGCCAUCAACUGGUCAGACUCGCUUCGGAGGACUUAAAAAACCUACUAGGGUCAGAAGACGGCGUCGAUCAUAAAGUGUCAGUAGUAAUAGACAUAGUGAAGACAGAACAGGAAAUAAGCAAUGGUGUAUUCUACGGUAUCUACUGUCAGAGCUUACCGGCCAAGUGUUUUAGUGCUGACAGCAAACGGCUAGUAUUCAGCACUCAACAGCAGACAGAGAUUAGAAGCUAUGUUGUUGAUAUUGAGAGUGGCAGGAUAGUGGACAUAUCCAACAACAAGAAAAGUUCGGGAUCGACAACUGUUUUGAGCGUACAGGCUGAUGUCAUCCUCGCUACCUUCUCUAGCAUGACGACGCCUGGACAGUUAUUCGUAGCAAGACUGCCUAGCGUUGAUAAUGAAAGUACAAUCGAAUGGGUGCGAGUUAGCUCGCCCAGUGAAGUGCCGAGUUCAGUGGCCAACGCCAAACUGCAGUACAUGGCUUUGAAACAAGACACGCAGGAUAGCGUAUCAUCAUUUACGGCGAUAUACUUCGGUCCAGACGAAGGGAAGGUGUACCCUCUGGUGGUGUGGCCACACGGCGGACCGCAUUCUGCUUUUUCCAAUUCUUACUCCUUAGAGGCUGCCUUCUUCAAUAUGAUUGGAUUCGCAUGCCUCAUGAUUAACUACCGAGGUUCCUCAGGAACGGGCGACUCCUCAAUAUUCUACCUCCCCAGUCGCGUCGGUACCGCUGACGUAGACGACUGUAGACUCGCCACUCAGAAAGCUUUAGACCAGUUCCCCAUAGAUGAUAAGAGACUCCUUCUAUACGGGGGUUCUCAUGGAGGGUUCUUGGUGUGCCACUUGAGUGGAGUGUACCCUGAGAUGUACAGCGUGACGGUAGCGAGGAACCCUGUCAUAGACUUGGCUUCUAUGUCAAACACAAGUGAUAUUGCUGAUUGGUGCGCCGUAGAAGCCGGCUGGCCUUACACAGAAGAAGGUCCUUUAGACGAAGACCAGCUGUUGACAUUGCGAAGAGUUUCACCCAUCACCCACGUCCAGAAUGUUCUGAUCCCCACAGCACUGAUGUUGGGCUCGAAGGACAAACGCGUCCCUCACUACCAGGGCUUGGAGUACGCGAGGAGGUUGAAGGCCAACGGGGUUAAAGUAGCCGUAUACAUGUACGAAGACAACCACGCGCUGAGCAGCCUGCCCGUGGAGAUGGACAACCUGCUGAACGCGGCGGACUGGCUCAUCACGCACAUCAAGCCCUAGCGCUGCAAGGAGCAGUGGGGCGCCUACUUGCGAGAGUUCGCGCUGCACCUGCUGCAAGAAUCCGUCUCCGAUUGAUGAUAGUUAUAGUCAUAUUGGUUGCUGCAACCAGCGUAUACAUGUACGAAGACAACCACGCGCUGAGCAGCCUGCCCGUGGAGAUGGACAACCUGCUGAACGCGGCGGACUGGCUCAUCACGCACAUCAAGCCCUAGCGCUGCAAGGAGCAGUGGGGCGCCUACUUGCGAGAGUUCGCGCUGCACCUGCUGCAAGAAUCCGUCUCCGAUUGAUGAUAGUUAUAGUCAUAUUGGUUGCUGCAACCAGCGUAUACAUGUACGAAGACAACCACGCGCUGAGCAGCCUGCCCGUGGAGAUGGACAACCUGCUGAACGCGGCGGACUGGCUCAUCACGCACAUCAAGCCCUAGCGCUGCAAGGAGCAGUGGGGCGCCUACUUGCGAGAGUUCGCGCUGCACCUGCUGCAAGAAUCCGUCUCCGAUUGAUGAUAGUUAUAGUCAUAUUGGUUGCUGCAACCAGCGUAUACAUGUACGAAGACAACCACGCGCUGAGCAGCCUGCCCGUGGAGAUGGACAACCUGCUGAACGCGGCGGACUGGCUCAUCACGCACAUCAAGCCCUAGCGCUGCAAGGAGCAGUGGGGCGCCUACUUGCGAGAGUUCGCGCUGCACCUGCUGCAAGAAUCCGUCUCCGAUUGAUGAUAGUUAUAGUCAUAUUGGUUGCUGCAACCAGCGUAUACAUGUACGAAGACAACCACGCGCUGAGCAGCCUGCCCGUGGAGAUGGACAACCUGCUGAACGCGGCGGACUGGCUCAUCACGCACAUCAAGCCCUAGCGCUGCAAGGAGCAGUGGGGCGCCUACUUGCGAGAGUUCGCGCUGCACCUGCUGCAAGAAUCCGUCUCCGAUUGAUGAUAGUUAUAGUCAUAUUGGUUGCUGCAACCAGCGUAUACAUGUACGAAGACAACCACGCGCUGAGCAGCCUGCCCGUGGAGAUGGACAACCUGCUGAACGCGGCGGACUGGCUCAUCACGCACAUCAAGCCCUAGCGCUGCAAGGAGCAGUGGGGCGCCUACUUGCGAGAGUUCGCGCUGCACCUGCUGCAAGAAUCCGUCUCCGAUUGAUGAUAGUUAUAGUCAUAUUGGUUGCUGCAACCAGCGUAUACAUGUACGAAGACAACCACGCGCUGAGCAGCCUGCCCGUGGAGAUGGACAACCUGCUGAACGCGGCGGACUGGCUCAUCACGCACAUCAAGCCCUAGCGCUGCAAGGAGCAGUGGGGCGCCUACUUGCGAGAGUUCGCGCUGCACCUGCUGCAAGAAUCCGUCUCCGAUUGAUGAUAGUUAUAGUCAUAUUGGUUGCUGCAACCAGCGUAUACAUGUACGAAGACAACCACGCGCUGAGCAGCCUGCCCGUGGAGAUGGACAACCUGCUGAACGCGGCGGACUGGCUCAUCACGCACAUCAAGCCCUAGCGCUGCAAGGAGCAGUGGGGCGCCUACUUGCGAGAGUUCGCGCUGCACCUGCUGCAAGAAUCCGUCUCCGAUUGAUGAUAGUUAUAGUCAUAUUGGUUGCUGCAACCAGCGUAUACAUGUACGAAGACAACCACGCGCUGAGCAGCCUGCCCGUGGAGAUGGACAACCUGCUGAACGCGGCGGACUGGCUCAUCACGCACAUCAAGCCCUAGCGCUGCAAGGAGCAGUGGGGCGCCUACUUGCGAGAGUUCGCGCUGCACCUGCUGCAAGAAUCCGUCUCCGAUUGACGAUACUUAUACACAUAUUGGUUUUUUUGUUUUUUAAAGAAUAUUAGCCAUGCUGAUCAUGAGUAAUAGUCCCCUUUCCCCUCCAAUUAAGCGUAAAGCUUGUGCUAGGACGGGUAAAUGGGCUAUGACUUUUAGGGAUUGGUUAGGGCCGGCGCACAUAUGGCGGAGCG